AUGUUGGCAACAGGCGAGGGAGUGAAGACGAGCGUCCAGCGGCGGAGCGUGGCGCAAACCCGCGACCUCCGGGCGCCCGGCGCUGGGGGCAGGGUGGCGGGCACCACGCGGUCGGGCGGGGGCGCGGCGCCCAUCCCCCGCACGCACCUCCUUUACUAUUGCCACCUUUGGGAGUGGAACUGGGAGCAAGCUAUCCCCCGCGCCGGGGGAGAAAGGAGGAGAGGCCGCGGGCCGCUGCCCCGCACGGGCAGCCCCGCACUUCGCUUCCUCGCCAGCCCGUGGGAGGGGAGCGGCGGCGACCUGGCGUCCAUUUUCAGCCGCGCUGGGUCCGACGAGCCCGAGGGGCGGGCAGGUGGGCGCGGGCGGCCCGCGGCUCCCGGGGACCCAGAGCCCGCCUGCGGCCUCCGGAGCGGCGGGGCGCCCGGCCAGAGCGGGGACGCCCAGUGGGAACGUGCGCGUGGCGGCGGGGUGGGGGCGUCUCUUUGGUGUCCCCUUUACCAACUCAGCCCUGCCGUGGCCUCCGCGCCGACCUGCACAAAAGGUUCAGCUUGGGCUGCUGGUAAAGUAGAACUGCACGGGAAAUUCGUAGAAGUUGAACACUCGGUCCCGAAAAGGCAAAGGAUUCGGAAGCUUCAGAUACGAAACAUCCCGCCUCACUUGCAGUGGGAGGUGCUGGAUAGUUUACUAGUCCAGUAUGGAGUGGUGGAGAGCUGUGAGCAAGUGAACACGGAGUCGGAGACUGCAGUUGUCAAUGUAACCUAUUCCAGUAAGGACCAAGCUAGACAAGCAUUAGACAAACUGAAUGGAUUCCAGUUAGAAAACUUCACAUUGAAAGUGGCCUACAUCCCAGAUGAAAUGGCUGUCCACCAGAACAACUCCCAGCAGCCUCGAGGUCGCCGUGGGUUUGGGCAGAGGGGCUCAUCAAGGCAGGGGUCCCCAGGAUCCGUGUCCAAGCAGAAACCAUGUGACUUACCUCUGCGGCUGCUGGUUCCCACCCAAUUUGUGGGAGCCAUUAUAGGAAAGGAAGGUGCGACCAUUCGGAACAUCACCAAACAGACCCAGUCUAAAAUUGAUGUCCACCGGAAAGAAAACGCAGGGGCUGCGGAGAAGCCCGUCACCAUCCUUUCAACUCCCGAAGGCACUUCUGCCGCGUGUAGAUCUAUUCUGGAGAUUAUGCAUAAGGAAGCUCAGGAUAUAAAAUUCACAGAAGAAAUUCCCUUGAAGAUUUUAGCCCAUAAUAACUUUGUAGGACGGCUUAUUGGCAAAGAAGGAAGAAACCUUAAAAAAAUUGAACAGGACACAGACACUAAAAUCACAAUAUCUCCAUUGCAGGAGUUGACGCUGUAUAAUCUGGAACGCACCAUUACCAUUAAAGGCAGUGUUGGAACCUGUGCCAAAGCUGAGGAAGAGAUAAUGAAGAAAAUCAGGGAGUCUUAUGAAAAUGAUAUUGCUUCCAUGAAUCUUCAAGCACAUUUAAUUCCUGGAUUAAAUCUGAAUGCCUUGGGCCUGUUCCCACCCACUUCAGGGAUGCCACCUCCUAACCCAGGCCCCCCGUCAGCCAUGACUCCCCCCUACCCACAGUUUGAGCACUCGGAGACGGAGACCGUCCAUCUGUUUAUCCCAGCCCUGUCGGUCGGCGCCAUUAUUGGCAAGCAGGGACAGCACAUCAAACAGCUUUCUCGCUUUGCUGGAGCUUCUAUUAAGAUAGCUCCAGCUGAAGCCCCAGAUGCAAAAGUGAGGAUGGUGAUUAUCACUGGGCCUCCAGAGGCUCAGUUCAAGGCUCAGGGAAGAAUUUAUGGAAAAAUUAAAGAAGAAAACUUCGUUAGUCCAAAAGAAGAAGUAAAACUUGAAGCUCAUAUCAGAGUGCCAUCCUUUGCUGCUGGCAGGGUUAUUGGGAAAGGAGGCAAAACGGUGAAUGAGCUCCAAAAUUUGUCAAGUGCAGAAGUAGUUGUCCCUCGUGACCAGACACCUGAUGAGAAUGACCAAGUAGUUGUCAAAAUAACUGGUCACUUUUAUGCUUGCCAGGUUGCCCAGCGAAAAAUUCAGGAAAUUCUGACUCAGGUAAAGCAGCACCAACAGCAGAAGGCUCUGCAGAGUGGACCCCCCCAGUCAAGAAGGAAAUAAAGGCUCAGGAAAUAGCCCACCACAGAGGCAGAGAUGCCAAACCAAAGACCGAUUGCUUAACCAACAGAUGGGUGCGGAACCCCUAUCCAGAAUCACGUGCACAAGUUUUUACCUAGCCAGUCGUUUCUUUGAGGACCAGGCAGCUUUUGAACUCCUGUCUCUGUGAGAAUGUAUACUUUAUUGCUCUCUAACAUGUGUGACACCCAGCUUUAAAAAGAACCAAGGGGGGGGUGGGGGAGCAGUUCCGCACUUCCCUUUUGCUGUAUUCUCACAGUGUAACCAGUGUUCCCCCAGUCACAGUGGAGAUUGGGUUAACGAUGCAUUUGCUAAAUUUAUCAAAUCAACAAUGAGCUGCUCUGAAAUCCAGUUGUCAAAUUGGAUCAAAAUAGAAUGAUCACAAGAACUUAAAUGGUAAGCCACUAGCAUAGAAGAACUGCAGUUUUAUUUUUAUCUAACACUAACAUGAAUAACCUAAGGGAAGUGCUGAAAGGUGUUGGCAGGGGUAUUAAAUGUGCAUUUUUACUCAACUACCUCAGGUAUUCAAUAAUGCAAUGAAAAGCAAAAUUGUUCGCUUUGUUAUUUUUUUGAAAAUUUUAUAUACUUUAUAAAGAUAAAAGUCCAACCUUUUUUUUUUAAACCUUUUUAAAAACAAAACAAAUUCAACCAGCUAACAGGCAAAUAAUUGAGGACAGAAUUUACCUCUGGCUGGUUGGAAAAAUAAGGAUUUUUGAGGCUUUUUGACACGGCUUUUAGUUGGAAGGUCCAAUAAGUAGUCCAGGGUCAGGAGCAGUGCCUGUGUUUGGAGAGCAGCAGGUCCGUUUCUUCCUCGUUUCUGGUAGGAACACUUGGAAGGUACUAACAGAGCAAGGUCGUGGCAGGAAGUUUGGGAGCAGCUUGUUAAAUGGCUUUGGGAGACUUGAGCUUUUUGUUUGGCUAUGUGACUGGUGCAUAAAUGCUUUGUGCUUCUGACUAUCAUCGCUACCGAGGAAAGUGUGCCACUGAAGAGAGGCGGACUGGCAGGUGCUCAGCCAGCGCUGCCUGCUGACACACGGUAGCCCAGGUGGUCUACACUUUGAGCUGACCCAAGGGGCAGCAGGAGAUGGUGCAGCAGUGUGCCAGCGCUGCCUGUGGGCCUCACUCGGCUAUUUGGAAGCUUUUAAAACAAACGAUGACAUAACUAACGUGCAGUGAGAUUUCUUGUACACUCUGCAACCAGCUGUUUGAAAGUAAAGGAAAAAGUAGGGGAUGCAGGAGAGCAACUUUGACAUGUAAUUUGGAUGCCUGACGCAUGUGUGCCGUUACAGACUGUGGUGUGGUGGUCCCCAAGACCAUGCUGCUCUGCGUUGGUUUUGUGUUUUGUUCAUAAGAUGAUCAGUCAUCAUGGUACUGAUCUGAAGGGCAUAGGGAAUAACCUUGAAGUCAUUUUGCCACAUUCAUAGUUUAAGACAAAUCGCUACAUGGAUUAGGUUUAAGUUUUUCUGAAGAGCAGUAUACCAAUUAGACAUUUUGAAAAUGGUUUAAAAUGUGUUCAGAAAAGCCAUUUAUUUGUAGUCUUAGUGGAAAAGUGCCCUUUUUGUCACUGAAUUCAUCUAGCAUUCGAUUUGUUUUCAUACAAUGAAUUAAAAUUGCAAAACAGAUGCUGGCUUUCUGGUUGGAUAUCAGGUGAGAUGUGUAAUGCCAGAGUUCUUCCUCAGUUUUUUUCCAGUAUUUGAUUUUUCUUAAUACAGAUAGGUGCUGCAUUUAUAUCUGCUGAUUUAAAUUCUGUCCUAUUUCAUGUCUACCCUUUUGGUAUGGCCAAUCAUGUUUUCCUUUCAAGUAAGCAUUGGGAAUAUCUGGUAAUAGCUAGUAAAUCUGUUGUCAUUGAGUUUUGUACUCACCAUGUAUGGAUCAUUCCUUGUUUAUAAUGUGCCCCCAAUGCAGCUUCACUUUCCAAAUACCUUUAUGCAGAAUAAAAAUUUUCAUCAUUA